AUGCCGGGCGAUAACGAGACCUUCUACUUGCGAUACUACUCGGGACACUCUGGGCGGUUUGGACAUGAGUUUCUAGUGUGUGUCAGCUCGCUACUGAUACAGGAGAUCAAACGAAUCAUCAAAGAGAGCGAAAUCCUCAAGGAAGAUGACUCGAAAUGGCCACAGAAGAACAAGGAUGGAAGACAGGAGCUUGAGAUUCGACUGGGAAACGAACACAUAUCCUUCGAGACAGCAAAGAUAGGCUCGCUAGUCGAUGUCACCGAAUCAGCGGAUCCAGAGGGCCUGCGAGUUUUCUACUAUCUCGUACAGGACCUCAAGGCACUCGUCUUUUCACUAAUAUCCCUACACUUCAAGGUAGCACUUUCAUGGCCCCUGUCGCUGAAGCUGUCAACCCACGUCAUCAUGAGCUGUCACUGA